AUGUCGGCUCCAUCUGAAUCGACCAGUCUCCCAUCCAUAUCCGUGCCGCCGGUCCAUUGGCUGCCCUGGAAGCAGUGGGAGACCGUUGGUGUCAAUAUCUCUCGGGUGCCCCAAGAGGCAAAUGCCCAAGUCCUAUGGCAGGUCUUUUCCAAGGAAGGUAGUAUCUGUUCCAUUGACAUUUUCCAUGACCGCCAUGGAAAUCGAGCUCCAAAAGGCCGGAUACGCUUCAAACCUCCUCCAGCAAAUUCCUUCUGGCGAAGCGGGAUUUACAAUAUCCGCCUGCCCAGCGGGCGCAUCGCGAGUCUCGUCGUGGCACUAGAUUUCAGCCUACCAAGUCAUCUCUUGAGAAGUCCAAGCGGCGAGGAUGCACCGUAUCCCAGGGAAUGUCAAGAGCUGCCAUGCAAGAGGUUUGAUGUUGGGGUGCUCCUGGACGAUUUCACCACAUGCGCCAUGCGCACUUUCCAAAAAGAGGCAAGUCCUAAGGUUGUGGUGGACGUUCGAUCAAAGGUGUUGCAUGCCUACUUUAGUGUGACCGUACAUGAAGCUCGGCCUUUUAUCCCAAGCGUCCCGGAACUCAGUCCGUCCACCUUCAGAUUGAAGAUCCCCUUUCUUCAGCUCACGCGAGUGUGGGAGACUCAUGAACCCGACUCUGGUGAAGUGUCACUCAUCAUUAUCCUGGACUCUCCCCCAAUCUAUCAUCGACAGUCCACGGAUAUUCUGAGUACGUUUAGUACUCAUACCAGCUGGCGCAACACGGAUUUAUGGCAGCGUCAAACAUGCAUUGCCCACAAGACCGGGGUUCAAGACCUGGUCAAGACCAAUCUGCGCAAAUCGGGUCAAAUUGUCGAUCUCGGCAGAUGGAACGUUUUCAAGUUCACAUUCUCCACCAGAAACCACCUCCAACAGAACUACAAGCUCUUCAUUGAGAUCUUGAAAGAUCAUAAUAUCUUCAUUAGAAAUGAGAAACAUUUCAGAACUAUAACGGAGCGCCCUGAACCUGUCUGGCGCUGGAUUGACGUGGUCGAGUCAAGAACACGGUUUCGUUCAACCCUCGAAGAGAUGGCUCAUACCGAUUACAUCUAUCUUCCCUUCAAUGUUCGGUACCAACUGGAAGUCUGUAUUUCCAACGGUUAUCUCUCUGAGUUCACGAUGUCGCGUGGCUUCGUCAAGGAUCUCGAGGGAUUGGGAGCUGCUUCAGCCGUAAGACUCCUAGAGCACGUUGCUACGAACAAAGAGCAGUAUCUUGACCCAAUGGAGAUUUUCAAGAUCCGGUAUCCGAAAGGUAUCUCUGAAUCUAUGAUUCCUAACUACUGCUGCUUCAUGCGAACCGCACGGAUCACGCCAACGACUGUUCACUACAACACUCCGACCAUCGACACCUCGAAUCGGGUGACACGUAACUACCAAGAAUACCUUGAUCGCUUUCUCCGUAUUCGGUUCACGGACGAAAAGACUCAAGGCCGGAUCUAUUCAAAUGCAUUCAAGUCCAAUGACGAGGUCUUUGCUCGGAUUAAGAGAACCUUAAAAAACGGUAUCAUCAUUGGUGACCGUCACUACGAGUUUCUGGCCUUUGGUAACUCUCAAUUCCGUGAGCAUGGCGCUUAUUUCUUCGCUCCGACUGCCAAUCUCACAGCGGCUCAUAUUCGAGCCUGGAUGGGUCAAUUCAGUCAGAUCCGGAAUGUCGCAAGAUAUGCUGCACGCCUGGGUCAAUGUUUUUCAACAACACGCGCUCUUGCUGGAUGUGUUGUCACCGUUAAACAGAUUCCCGAUAUAAGUCGCAAUGGAUACUGUUUCUCUGACGGCAUUGGAAAGAUCUCGAAAUUCACCACUAGGGUACUCUCGGCGGAAAUGGGUAUCUUCGAUCCCUAUGGCGAGCCUCCAUCAGCGUACCAAUUUCGGCUGGGUGGGUGCAAGGGCAUGUUGACAGUUUCAUCUGACCCAAUAGCUUACGAUCUGCACAUUCGUCCAAGCCAAAUCAAAUUUGAGGCCGAACACAAGCGACUCGAGAUUAUUCGAUGGUCACAGUUCUCUGCUGCGACUCUCAAUCGCCAGCUCAUCCUGGUACUAUCAGCGCUGGGUAUUCGAGGCCAAGUCUUUCUCGACAGGCUCAAUACCAUGUUAGAGAGCAUCAGAUAUGCCAUGGGCAGUGACAGACAGGCGAUUGAAUUGCUUGAGAAGUUUAUCGAUCCUAACCGGAAGACGCUGGCAUUGGCGGAAAUGGUGUCGGCUGGAUUCCGAAGAACAAAUGAGCCUUUUGUCAGUUCCAUGCUCGCUCUGUGGAAAUCCUGGCAUCAGAAAUAUCUCAAGGACAAAGCGAAAAUUUUGGUUGAGAAGGGCGCAUCGCUCCUUGGUGUUCUUGAUGAAACUGGAACUUUGAAGGGUCACUUCGAUCGCCAAGUGCCGCACAAGAAUAUGGCCACCGACAAAAGGAUAGCAGCACUUCCGGAGAUUUUUGUCCAAAUCAGCAGUGUAGAGAAAGGUGUCCGCCCCAGGGUUAUCCAGGGUGUAUGCAUCGUCGCUCGCAACCCGUCACUGCAAAUAGGGGAUAUUCGCGUUGUGCACGCUGUUGAUUGCGAGGCACUCAGACACUUGGUCGAUGUUAUUGUAUUCCCACAAACCGGUGAUCGGGACGUCAUGAGCAUGUGCUCUGGAGGUGAUCUCGAUGGCGAUGACUAUCUGGUCAUCUGGGAUCAGGACCUGAUUCCUGAUGACUGGUCUGUGAAGCCUUUGAACUAUGUCAGCCGCAGGGCUCCAGAUCUCGACCGUGAUGUGACUAUCAACGAUAUUACUUCGUUUUAUGUCACGUACAUGAAGAAUGACAGCUUGCCACGGAUUGCCCACGCUCAUAUGGCACAUGGUGACAAGCUUCAAGACGGUGUAUCCGAGCCGAAGUGCAUCCGCCUUGCGCAGUUGCACUCGGAUGCUGUGGAUUACAACAAGACAGGAAUCCCUGCUGUCAUGGAGAGGUCUCUUCAGCCACACACCUGGCCACACUUCAUGGAUAAAAAGCACAAAAGGACCUACCAUUCCAGGAAAAUCCUGGGUAAGUUAUAUGAUGCUGUCAAGACUGAGGACUUCUCGCCGAAAUUGAGCAAUCCCUUCGACUGCCGUAUUCUCGAAUGCAGCCUCAAGGAAGAAAGUCAGAGAUUUGAGCAUUUUGCCAGCGAGUUAAAGGUAAACUACGACACGUCAAUGCGGCGUAUCAUGGCACAGUAUGGAAUUCAAACCGAAUUUGAGGUCUGGUCAACAUUCGUUCUCGAGCACAAUUCCAUGUGCAGGGAUUACAAACUGCACGAAGAACUGGGCAAGGUUGCAAAUGGCCUUCAAUCGAGCAUCCAAGACCAGUGCUACAAGCAUCUUGAAGGCAAGCGAGACUUUGGCCAUGUUGCGCCUUUGGCAGUCGCCAUGUAUCGCAUCACUCAUCAAGAAGUCCAGGAUGCGCUUGCCUCUCUGCAAGAUGAAAGCGCUUACGAUGACCAAGAUGAACUUGAGAUCAGCAGACUCCCUCUCAUCAGCUUUCCAUGGGUUUUCUAUAAAGUUCUCUCUAAAAUUGUCAUUACCCCCGUUGAUGAGUUGCAGAAUGCGCCGGCUGAAGCUAAAGCCUUCGAUGCCAAAAAGGGCUUGUCCAAAAGCUUCACACAUGCUGAAGUCAUGGAGAUAAUUGGUCGAGAUGGAAGGACUGGGCUUAUACCAAAGCACGAAACAGAUGCAACUGGUACAAGAUUGCCAACAGAGAUAGGGGCAGAUCUUAGUCGUCGCGAACCAGGUCAUUUCGGUGAUCACGACCUCUAUGAGAGAGAUCUCUACCACAAGACACCAGGAGGUAGUUCUUCGGUUCACAAAGAAGAACAGAAACAAAUUGAUGAUAUGGACCCCGAUUUUGUGACCACGAAAGAUGACAAAGCCUCCAGCCUUGACAAGAGCUCGGUGCUACCCAACCGGAGCAUGGAUGACGUCAAGGAAGAUGCUAAGGCAGCUAUAAAGGAAGCUACCGAUGAGGAUGAGGAUGAGGAUGAGCAAGAUGGAGACCUGCACAUCGUCGAGAAAGAAGGCGAUGUGAAGCCUGGUGCAAUUGAUGAGCUGAUCGCAUUGACAGGCAAGGAUUACGAUGCCGCCGAUGGAGACGACUGGUGA